AUGUUUGAAGAGGCGCUUCGGCAAGCGCCGCGGGAGGAGCUCGUGGAGCACAUUCAACUCCAGCGCGAGCUGAUUCAGCGCCUUCACCGGCGCGUCCUCGAGUUAGAGAGCUCCCUGGAAAGCAUGUAUACGUGCUCUAGCGCUGAUUGUGGUGCCGACAGUGCCGCUGACUGCCGAGCGUCACCGUCUGAACAGCAGCGCUCUGCUCUUUCCACCAACGCUCGCCCUAGUCCUUCGCAUCCCGCAUACCCACAGUGCGUAGGCGGAGCGUCUGGAGGCGGCACGCCGCAAACGGCGAGAACACACCCCUCGGUGACGCAUCGUGAGACGUCGCUGGCCUUCAACAACCUCUGGCGCGCUGAUGAGGAUGGAGCGGUGACGGCGCCGGAGCCGCGCCGUCAACCCCCGCACCCUCACACAGAGGAGAAGGCGCCAACUACCUUUGCGAGCUUGUCUUUUUCAUCGCAACGGCAAGCGAAUGCGCAUGUAGCACUGGCGACGUCCAACAAUGGAACUGGUGCGACUACAGCAUCAGCGCCGGCAAUGCCGGCGCUGUCUUCUGCUGCUGCUUCCUCUACUGAGUUCACCUCAUCAUCGGUGGACUACCCCACGUUGUUGGAGGGGAUCAAGGAAAUCAACUACGUGCUCGCCGCCCACCGAGCCGGCCAUCCAGCUCUCCCCCUACCAGUGGUCGAGGAGUUGGAGGAUAUUCGGACGAGGCUGUUGCAGGGCUUCAAGCAGACCUACGUGAUGGGCGACAGAGACGACGGGACAGCCCAGGCGGCGGCGGCGGCGUGUCAGGCCUAUUGCGCACUGCCACAAGGCAAGGAAGCGGUGCCUUACGAAGUCCCAUUGGAUCUCUUGUUCGAGCGCCGCGCGGAUGCCUUCAACGACGCGAGUCGCGUGUGCCCACGAUGGAUCUCGCCAGACUCCUCGCGGGUUGUUUAUGGCACCUCACCGCAUUGCCACCCGUAG